UUACACCAUUUGAAAAACACUUUUUAUAUUAAAUGCUAGUUUUUUCUGAUCUGUCUAUACAACUGCUGAUAAACUGGCUGGGCAGGUGUGCCACAGCUUUUGAUUCUGAGCAUGUGAUUUUGACGUCUGCAUCCAGGUGGGCUCUGGAUCUCGGAGUUGAGGCCCUAUCGGAUUUGUACCUCAUGGGAAGACAACUGUCUGGUCUUUUGGGACUCGGUAGAGAGCAGUCUUUUAACCAGAAAGGAACAUGGCAGAGGCAACUGGGAGAAAGCAGGCCCCACGGUGCCCACGGCAAGAGCACGCUUGCUGCCUCGCCCGGGAAGCGCCCCGCCCGCGCCGCCGUGUCCUUCCGUGCCAGCGUGCUGGCCGCGGAGCUCAGUCUGCAGCCUGCGCUGCAGAGCGGGUGCGGCUUUGAGGCCGGCCGGCUGAGGCUUUGCUCAAGGCCCGCCCCUGAGUCUGGCACUGCGGAUUGCCUCCCGCUUGCACAGAUUGCCAGCACUCCCCGUCUGGCUCCAUGGAGUUGCCUCUCCAAGCAGCGCUGGCCGUCAGCCUUUGCUUCUUGCGUCUUUACAUCAGAGCCCAGACUGGCCCGUCUGCAGCAGCCUGUCCUGGUGAGUGGGCCGUGCCGGGAGGCAGCCACGAGGAGUCAGUGUGCCACUGGCCUGCGUGGGUGUGGGGCUCCAGGCCCUCCCCUCCGUCUGCCUGGCUGCAGGGACAGCAGCCAGGGCUCUCAUGGACUCUGCCUCCUCCCACGUGAGCAGUUCUCAGGUUUUGCCUGUUGCUUAAAAAUACGACAAGGGGGUGCAGAUGGGUAGCUAAGUCCUUGCUCUUCUAAGCCAGGUAUAGCUGACUUGCAGUCUUUUUUUUUUAAAUCAAAGUCUUAUGACAUAUCGAGUAAUUUAUUUUUUCCAAAUCACAUGUAGAAGUUAGCUUGGGAGUCUGUCAGUCUGAGGGAGCAACUUUGCUUUUCUAAAUCCGGUAAAAACUGGGGAGGGAAGCUCAGAAGAGUUUUAGAUCAGUUCAUCCAAGACUGAGAAGUGCCCUUAGAAGCACUGCUGUUGACAAGGGCUGUAGCGUGAGCCCCCUGCCCUGCCCCUCUUGGGUCAGAGCAGCUAAGGGAUGGAAUCGUGGGAGCAGAACACGACUGUGCAGCUUCAUCUCAGAUCUACCUGAGCCUUCACUGCUGCUGCUGCCCCUCCUCCCUGCACCUGGGCAGAACUGCAUUUUCCACUUCACCUUCUGGGAGCAGGAAAUACACAGUCACUGGGACACCCUUCUUAAAUGCUGGUUCCUUGGGCCAUGGAACAGGCCUUUGUGUCUUCCCACCAGGUCUCUUGUGCAUAUCGGGAGGAAGGAGCAGUGUGGAGCCUGUGCUCUGGACUGUGCAUGUCCUCUUCGCCCCCAUCAUGAACCCAAGUCUUGUUAAUGUUGAGUCUGAAUAUGUAAGGCCAGCUUACUUCGAAAAUGGGCUAGGCUAGGGCCCUUCUGCCAGUAUCUUGGUUCAUGUGGCAUAAGCAUCUUUCAAAAUGAACUUCUAAUGCCCUAGGAAAUGAUGUUAGCACUAAAAAUUGGUCACUUUAUCUCAACUAAAAGCAAAUUGUGACUGAAAAUAUAGGUGGGAGAGGUUUUUCCCCAAGAAGUAAGAAUUGGUUGCACUGAAACAUUCAAGCUUCUGGGAGCUGUUCACAGUGCAUUGUUUUUAACCAUCAUUUAUAUGUAAUAGAUUUUUUUUCUCUCAUCAUGCCAUAAUGGAAAAUUUUCUUUCUGAGUCAGAGCCAGAAUGAUAUGAAAUAAUGUGACAUGUUAGAAUGGCAUGAAAUAAUAUGAGCUUUUAUGUUCUAUGAACAGUGAUAUUUGAUUGAGAUCAAAACCUAUGUACACAGCCUGCCACUCGGCCGGUGUGUUUUGUUUUAAAAUUGAGCUCAGUACUUACCACAUGGAGAUAGCAAGUUAGUUUUCCACAAGAUUAAUAAAGUGUUGAAAUCUGUCAAAAUGUGGCAUUUCAGAUUGAAACAUACCGAUGUGUGACUACCUACCAAGGAGCACCCUGCAUCGUGGUAGGCCCAUGUACGUGUGAACUCAAGCCUUGGGUGAGCAAAGAUUGUACGUAUGUUAAGAAAUAGCUUCCAAGAACAGAGCUUAAUUUGCUCUGCUGCCCUUAAGUCCCCAUAUUAUGAGCCUUGUUAAGGCUCUGCCUAAAUGGACCAUUUUUAUCUGGUUGCAGGGACUGAGAGUCCCUGACUGAAGAGCUGAGAGCUAGGGCAGGCAGGGGGCUUUGGGGAGAGCCUGGCUCAGGUGGUAGUGAGGAAGGAGAUCCCAGUUUCCUGCAGGAGGGGGUUACACAUCGCUGACCCCGAGAUCCGGAGCAGGUCGGACACCCCCCUCGGAGCAGUGGGCGCAGAGUGAUUAUUCCUCUUCCUCCGCGUCUCCCUGAAGACUGAGUUUAGGUGCUUGAGAGCAGUCCUUUUCUAAAAUUGCCAUCGAUGAUUAAAAUAAAUAAUUCAUUGUUCGGUUCCUUGUCCUGAAUAAAGUGUUAAUAUUGUGGUAUCGAAUUUCAUGGAAAUGUAAAUGUUUUGGUAGAGCCAUCUAAUGGAAACUUGUUCUUGGUAACAACAAACGGAGGGUACAUUGUGUGCAGUUGUUUAAAUAUAAAUUCCAUUGUGUAAUUUUAAUAGUUUUUUAAACAUUUGAUUUUAUGGGGACACCUUUGUGGGAUAGUUAGAGUCAGCCAUCUUAAAUAUAGCUGUCGUGUGUCUAGUUUGCUGAGGUGAGAUCUGUUCCUUCAGUUCAUGUUUUCCCUGCCUUGAUGUUGUAAGGAAAGGUCUUAAUCAGGAUGGUAAUUACCUCAUUGAAUUCAAGCAAAGUAAACUUUAGUAACUCAGGUUGUUUGAUAUUGGCAUUUCAAGGAUGGUGGUACCUGAAAGAUACCAAUUUCUCUUUCAUUACUUGAUCUUUGAUCUCUUGAUCUGGUACAGAAAAAGAUGCUUCUGGGAGUCGGUGAAUCAGUGCCCCGAGUAGAGGGUCUCCCCACUCAGGGUACCAUUAGUGCCGACAAUCUGUGAAAGCCACAGAUGAGCUUCAAGCAGUUGCAUGCUCCUCAGAAGUAGUCUGCAACAUUUAAACUCCAUGGUAAUGAUUAAGCAAGGAUGAGGCCAUUCCUGAAAUUUCCCAACUUCCUAGACACACAGAGGCCAAACGUGGAAGACUGAAGUAGGACCUAAGUUAGGGUGUGAGCUAAGGCCUUCAUGCCGCCUCUAAGUCACUCAUCGCCUUACUUGUCACUGCUUAGCUUUCCAGAGAAGUGGGGACAAUUCCUCAUCAAAAUAUAAGUAGCAAAAUACAUUAACCUAAGGUCAUCAAUUUGAAAAAAAAAGACUCCUGGUUACCAUAUUUUCUAACCAGUUUUCCUUGGUAACAAUGAUAAGGUAAACAUGGAACAAUGAAGAAAAGUGCUAUAGUUAAAAAAAAUACUUUUAAAAGACCUUCUUUAUAACUAUUCUAUUUUACUGUAAUCUUGUUCUAUUAAAUGCAACAUAGGCCCGGGUGCUGCCCUUGCUUGGGAACAGGCAUUGAGGCUCUAAAUGGCUGCAGAGCCCUGUGCCCCUGAAAUGAACUGAGAGUGAAUUUUCUGGUACUGUAAUGAAAAUAAGGUCUGCUCAACACAAUAAAGUUUCCUUCUCUUCUUUAAAA